AAAAUUUGUCACAGGAGAAUGAAAUCAGUUUUCAUUCUUUCACUGGCUAUUUGUUCGCUAAUCACCCAAAAUAACGCUACACCUACCAAACCAAAAACUCUACAGUUGACUUCAGAUGCUAUCGAGAUUUAUGGAAAUCUAAGGAAAUGCUUCGCCAAGUCUUCUGGAAAGGUAACAAAAUAUUUGAAUGAUGACGGUUUGGGUGAUGCAGCUAAGGAUGUUCUACUCGUUAUCACCAAACGAUGGAAGGAACGUACUGCUAGACAUUGUUCGUGAAUGAAUGUGCAGCCAGUCAGUUAGUCAACAGACAGAAAAAUAAACAGAUCAGAAAUGAUCAAUAGGCGAAAAGUUAUGUCUCAGACCGUUUUUCUCAUUUAUAUGUUAAGCAAUCAAUAAAAUAAUUUGUGUGUGGAA